AGGGGGGUUGGACUUGAUGAUCUCUAGAGGUCCCUUACAGCCCCUGCAAUCCUGUGAUUCUAUAAUUCGGGCUGCAUUUCAAUCUUGCAGCACUGAGAAGCCUGACAUUCACCUGCAGAGACGGCAGGUGAAGCAGUUAGGUUGUACUGCUUCUUUGUUUGGUGUUCUCUCAGAACUGAUGCUGGCAUUUUCAACCUUUAAGGUGGCUGUUGCCCAUUUCUGCGUCUAGAGUUUAAUGCUUUUUUCUCUCGGGAAGAGCACCAAUCUUUCUGUCUCUCUCUUUUCUAGAACACGGCUCCCACAGCCUGUUUGCAGAGGACAGCCGCGGCUAGCCCAGAGCUAGAGCCAGCAAGCUGCAGACAAUGCCAGCGGAUGCCUCUCCUGACUCCAAGUGCCCUAUUUGCUUGGACAAAUUUGACAACAUUGCCUAUCUAGGCUACUGCUGGCACAGGUUCUGUUUCCGUUGCAUCCAGGAAUGGUCAAAAACAAAAGCAGAAUGCCCACUCUGCAAACAGCCAUUCUUCUCCAUUUUUCAUACAAUUCGUGCCGAAGACGACUUUCAGGAAUACACUGUCACACCUUCAGGAGAGGCCGCUUUGUCCAGCCCUGAGGGCAGCACCACCUCUUCUGCUGAAAGCCCUUUCAGCGUGCGCAUAUAUGAUCUGCAUGGCAAUUAUGACUAUCUUACGCCAUCAGACGAUGAAGGAAGUGGCUCAGACUCAGCAGUUACUGCAGAGACUCCUGGGUCAGAGGACAGCUCAUCUGUUUCUGAUGUUAGCCAGGCUUCCUGGGAUGACGAAACUCCAGGGCCUAUCUUCUUCACUUUAGAAGACUAUGGCGCAACCUCAGCUUCCCCGUGGGAGUUUUCAGAAAGCCCUGAUGAGGACUCUGCUUGGGAGAGAACCAUGCUGCAGCCUCAGUUACCGGCUGGUGGUGACUCCAGUGACAGUGACUCUUCAUCAGAGUACUACCACAGUACCACCUGUCUUAAUCUCUAUACUGAGGGCACAGCAGAACUAACCGAGCUGUCCUCAGACUCCGAGGAGUCCAUCAGGGAGGAGAAGAGGGAAGAUGCAAAGAGCGAGCAGUCAGUCCAGGGUCACAGCUGGAGUGACAGUGAACUGAGCAGCAGUUCUUCACCUUGCUCCUCCCUGUACAAGGAGAAUGUGAGCAGCUGUCAA